AGUCUGUUCUGCUUCGUUGGCAGCAAGACUGUCUGCGAACUCGUGACUCUGUUUCAACGCUUCUGUGUAUGAAUUGAAUCUGUUAUAUUUAUAAUACCCCCGAUUAACUUAGUGGCUCACUGUAUAUAUAUAAAUUCCAUGUCCCCGAAUCCCUUUUUGCUUGAUGCUAUUUAGCCAGAAACUACAUAUUAAUAUUAACUGAAUUCUUUCAUCUUAUAAGCCAACCCAUGAAACGGGCCUGUGAUUCCUGCAUUUCUCGCAAAGUCCGGUGCGACGGUGCGCAACCGUGUCGCUCAUGCUUAUCCUCAAGCAAGAAAAUCGACUGUACUUAUUUGAAACCGGCACGAAAGCGAGGUCCGAAGUCGAGGCGUAUUUCUCGAGUUCUAGCCACCGCUGUUAAUGCGAGAUGGGCUACAAACGAUGAGUUAGAUGUGGUGGAUGCGUCGCAGAAUGUUGAGUCGGAGUCCGAUGCCGUGGGGGCGAGAUUCCUGGACCCGACUACAGUGGUUGACUCUUCGACUCAUGGAGAGGUUUCAUGGGAUAUAACUAAUCUGCCUGCUAACUCCAUGACUGCAUGUGUGUCCUCGAUGGCCCUUGAGACAAUUAUACAUGAGUAUCGAUCGAAAUCGUACAGUGUCUGGCCGGUAGUCAAGGCGGAAGGGCUGCUUGAACGAGUUCAAGAUGGCGGAAAUGACCCAGGCACAUAUUGCCUUGCAACGGCGCUCUGUGCUGCGACCAUGGCGCAGUUGGAUCUUCCGCCCAUUGAACAGGACAGCAACAUAGUAGACGGUGCCGUGCUGGCUGGCGAAUGCAUCAGGGUUCGAGAGCAGAGCCAUUAUAGAGAACAUCUUGAUCUGCGGAGCGUUCUGGCCUCGUUCUUCCUCCACGUCUAUCAUGCCAAGGUGAACAAGCGCAACUCUGCGCUGAUAUUCAUCCAAGAGGCGAUUUCGUGUGCAAGGCUUCUGAGGCUGGAUUGUGAUGAGAUCAUGUCGGAAGUUGCUUCAGAUGUGGUUGAUAAUGAAGGUAUAUUGUUUUUAUUACUCUGGGUUUCGGAAAGAGGAUACGCUAUGCAUCUAGGAUUAUCGCCUUCUUACGCCGAUAUUGUAAAGCUGCCAGACGCGAGCGCCAUAUCUGACAAUGUCCACGUUCAAGGACUGUUGGAACUAGCUAGGCUAUUCGUUGCCUUCGCACAAUGCAUCGCAUCUAAUAGCUCAUACCCCUUCACAGACAAACUUGUCACAACAGAAGAUUUCCUCCACGGCCUAUCCAUGCAGCGAGACCAGGCUGCAUUCGUUCGGUUGGCAGACUAUCAUAUAACCAAAGAAUGGAUGCGGACCAUCAUCUGGCAGCAAGCACUCUCCUUAGGACUACUCUCUUCAACUUCUUAUAAUGCACUAAUGACAUUUACUUUUCCUUCCUAUGUUGGUCGUGAUCUCUUAAGCUCACUGAAGGACUACAAUGCCGAGGAUCUCCUCCCACUUGGUCGGGACCAGCUCUUGAAAUGCUUCGAAGUGGCAAAUUCACUAGCAGACACUUUACUGUGUAAUCCAGCUGUAUCUGCAGAUUCCCGUUUCCGUCUUGGACCGCUGGAAUUCCUGCACGGGUUAUAUCAGAAAUUGUCACCUUUUCUUGAGCAGGAUCCGAUACUGGAUUCGAUAUUGCGCCAGAAAACUGCAGAAGCGCUUCUGAGAGCUCCUUCGCGUCUGUGGACGCUUGAUAUUGAGAGUACGCAUGCGGGUGUAAUGGACGAUAAGGAGGGAAAAUCUCGACCGGUCAAUUUGUCAUUUAAUAUGCCUAUCCAUUGAUGGAAUAGAUGCGUUUUCCAUAUUGGAUGAUCGGGAUGUGUGUGUAUAAACCCCAAUUCCAGAGAAUUAUACCAUAAUGAUUGGCCACUACUCUGACGAAAAAUAAUAUCCCUAAUCAGCAGCAAUUUUCAGCACAAUUCUUCCCGAAAUAUCCCCAUUCUCCAUCUCCUCAUACACUUUCGGAAGCUCCCUAAAUGGCCUAACUAUCACAUUCGGCUUCACUAUACCCCGUCUCACUAACCUCACCGCUUCCAUACACUCACUUAACGAACCAACCAAAUUGCCCGUAAUCUUCAAUCCCUUGAUCACAAUCGUCGAAAUCGGCGUCUCCAAAUG